CAGCAACGCUGUGCCACCAUGGUGUGCGCCUGUGGUCUAAUAACGCGCCAAAAUGAGCCAGUGCCCCUGAAGAGCAUCUCUGUGACCGUGUCCAUUCAUGAGUUUGUGGCUGGUGUGUCUGCUACCUUAAACUAUGAGAACGAGGAGAACGUUCCUUUGGAGGCCUUCUUUGUUUUCCCCAUGGACGAAGACUCGGCCGUCUUCGGCUUUGAGGCCCUGGUGGACGGGAAGAAAAUAGUGGCGGAAUUACAGGAGAGGAUGAAGGCCCACGCCAAUUAUGCGGAGGCCCUCAGCCAGGGCCACCAAGCCUUCCUCUUGGAGGAGGACAGGGACUCCAGGGACAUCUUCUCUUGUAACGUGGGGAACCUGCCCCCUGGGUCGAAGGCGGCGGUCACCCUGAAGUACGUGCAGGAGCUGCCCCUGGACGCAGACGGGGCUCUGCGCUACGUGCUCCCGGCCAUCCUGAAUCCCCGGUACCAGCUCUCCAGGAAACCACAGUACGGUAACUUCCUGUAGGACGGCCGCAGGAGAGGGGGGAUUCCUGUAGUCCCUCUGGGGGACCUGCCCUACACGCUCAGCCUGGUCGCCACCGUCAGUUCCCAGCACGGCAUCGAGAGGAUCCAGUGCAACUGCCCCUUGAGUCCCAUGGAGUACCUCGGAGAUAAGACUUCUGCUCAGGUUUCCUUGGCUGAUGGGCACAAAUUUGAUCGAGAUGUGGAACUUCUGAUUUACUACAGCGAGGUGCACGCCCCCAGUGUAGCUGUGGAGAUGGGGAGCCCCACAGCAAAGCCAGGUUGUCUGAUGGGAGAUCCAUCUGCGAUGGUGAGUUUCUACCCAGAUAUCCCAGAAGCUCAGCCGCCGAUGAUGUGUGGAGAAUUUGUCUUCCUCAUGGACCGCUCAGGAAGUAUGCAGUGUCCCAUGAAUAACCAGGACAAGUCUCAGGAGCGCAUACAGGCAGCCAAGGAAACACUGAUUGUGCUGCUAAAGAGUUUGCCUCUAGGCUGUUAUUUCAACAUUUAUGGAUUUGGAUCUACCUUUGAGGCAUUCUUUCCGAAUAGUGUGCAGUACACGCAGCAGACCAUGGCGGAGGCGCUGGAGAGAGUCAUGCUCCUGAAGGCUGACCUAGGCGGCACGGAAAUCUUGGCGCCCCUCAAGAGCAUUUACAGCGGCCCUUCCAUCCCGGGCCAUCCUCUGCAGCUUUUUGUUUUCACAGAUGGAGAGGUUAACGACACAUUUAGUGUCAUUAAAGAGGUUAAAAGCAAUCGUCUGAAGCACAGGUGUUUCUCCUUUGGUAUUGGAGAAGGAGCCUCGACCAGCCUAAUAAAAGGCAUCGCCCGGGCAGCGGCGGGCACGGCGGAAUUCAUCACGGGCAAGGAGCGGAUGCAGCCGAAGGUUCUUAGGGCCCUGAAACGUUGUCUACAGCCUGUAGCAGAGGACGUUUCUCUGAGCUGGGAGUUGCCGCCUGGUCUGUCUGCUAAAAUGCUUUCCUCAGAACAGACUGUCAUCUUCAGGGGUCAGAGGUCGAUCGCCUACGCCCAGUUGACUGGGAGGAUGCCGGCAGCAGAGGCAACAGGAGAAGUUUGCCUCAAGUACACCCUCCAGGGCAAGAGCUUUGAGAAUAAAGUGACAUUCUCCCUACAACCCAAGUCUGAUGCCAACCUCACCGUCCACCGCCUGGCCGCCAAGUCCUUCCUCCAGACCAAGGACAUGGGCUACGGGGAGACUCCAGCAAAUGAUAAGAAAGACGUGCUGGCAGUGAGCCUCGAGUGCGGAGUGAUCAGCUCCCAGACAGCUUUCAUUGCCAUCAACAAGGAUCUCAACAAGCCAGUUCAGGGACCCGUGGUCCAGCGUGACGUUCCAAGGCCAAUGCUGUUUGGUUCUCCUGCGAUGUGUUGCUCUCCUGCAAUGGUGCCCUUCUCUGGAGCUCGCCUGUGUCGAUCUCCUGGUGCUGCAAUAGGGAAGAAAGGCAUGCUUCUCAUAGCGGCCGACGCCGAGCCGCCAAGGGCUGAUUCUUACUCCGAGAGCACCAGCGUGGGAAGCCACUGCACAGACUCUGAAGAUAAUAAACUUGUGCAGCUGAUUUCCCUCCAAAAGGCAGAUGGUUCCUGGGAUCUGAAUGAAGGUCUGGCCAAGGUCCUCGGGAUGAGUGUGGAGGAUGCGGCGGCCGCACUCCCUGGCGAGGGUGCGGAUCCCUCAGCCUGGGCCACAGUCCUGGCCGUGCUCUGGCUGCAUGACAACCACAAGGACCUGAGAUGUGAGUGGGAACUUCUGGAGAGGAAAGCUGUGGCCUGGAUUCACACCCAUGCAGGCUCCGCCGUGCAGGUGCUUGUUGAAGCCGCCAUUGCUCUUCUGAAAUCGUCCGUGGACCCGGCUGUCUUUGCCCCCUGAGCUCGCUGUCCGGAAGCUCAAGGGCCCCUUUUAUGCUGCUGUCCUGGCCUUUCCCCUUUUUCCUGCGCAUGUGUCUGUUUCUUGCCAUUAAAGUAAAGGGUGCCCAGCCCUCCUUGCCUGUGUGUCCCAGGUUCUGUACGGAUGUGAUUCUCCUUUGCCCAGCACGUGCCCUCAGAGUGACAGAUGGAAAACAGGUGACAGGGACUCCAGACUAAAGGUCGCAGCACUGCUACUAGGAAAUGCCUGACCUGGAGAAUUGUCCGCUUCAUUCCUGUGUGUGCACUUUUGAUUUCAUGUCCUUAGGCGACCGGACUGGUGAGCGAUACAGGUUUCGCUUCUUAGGCAGGAUGAAGAGCUGGAGGGAGGCGGGGAGACAACACUGGGAUUCCUGCCCUUGGGGAGACUGAGAGAGCCCCAAGGGUCCGCUGUGAGAGUGGGCGCCAUUGGCCGCCUUCCGGAUGACUGUGCUGGGCCCUACCAGCCUUUCCUGGCGCCCGCCCUCACUGCCUGAGGGUGGAGUCGCACCUGUGGGAGACAGGUGUUUCGUCCCGUGCAGGUUGCAUCUGCGUAGGGGGCGAUGACCGCUUGGCGCCCUGGCGCGGACCCAUGAGGCCCCCAGGCAGGCUCUGACCCAGUCGCUGAACGAGACCGCAGGCUCAACGGCAGCUUCGCCUGAGCCCUGCAGCCUGGGUCACUCACGCCAGGGGAAAGGAAGCAGCUGACCUCUGCCCACAUACCCUGUCCCAGUGGAAGUGACCCUCCUUGAUGCGUUGUUUCCGCAAAUGCUGUUGUAUCAAUAAUA